AUGCCGCCCGCAAUCCCAUGGAGGCUCCUCGGCGGCACACUAACAACAGGGGGCGCUUGCACGAUCCUCUCCUUCAUCUACAUCACCCGAGAAAUCGAGUUCAUUCCCCUGGCAGCGUCAGAUCCAAUCUUCCACUCGGAACAUUUCAAGCAGUGCAAUCCCAAUGGCAAUCCGACCAUCCACGACCUGCAUGUCCAGAGGGUUCCGUUGUCGCGAAUCGACCCUUCGUUGCGUGCGGACCAUGGCAGGCUUCUAGAGCGCUAUUGUGGUGGGGUUUGGGGCGGGUUAGGCUUCGCACCUCAACGCCUCCUCCUUACACGGGCUCAUAAGCACAAAGACACAACUAGCCCUGCAUCCCUAUGGACCCACACCGAACUACUCGCAUCCGCAUAUCAACCAGGCACUGACAUCGCGGGCCACUUUGAGGUGGUUGAGCGAUCGGUAGAUUCAAUCCUCAUCCGUGGCGGCGACGAGAUCUCGAAUCGGGGGUUACGGCCGCUGGACGGAUUGAUUGAGCUCUCGGCGUCGGUGGAUCACCAGCGCGAUGUCGUUGAGUUUGGGUGCAAGACUGUCUUCUUUCAGGGGCUUGGUGAGACGAGAAAGCUGCCGAUGCCAGAGCCAGUGAUCUGGCUGCAUGAGCUAUAUGCGAGGGCGCUUUUGGCGUCGGGGGUAAGAAAUGUGCUUGGGUGA